AUGAUGCGGCAGUUAAAAUUGCAUGAUGGUUAUCCUGUCUGGAUUCAGCACGUAGCCAAUUUGAAAACUGCAACUUUUGCAAAAUUCAAGCCGAUUCUGUCAAAGCGAGUGCUCUCCAUAAUUAACGACGAAAACAUCAAAAAGGUUCGACAAGUGCUUGAAGUGCAGCUGAAUAAAUAUCAGUGCUUGUCUGUUGGGGAUGAAAUUGCUAUUGAGUACAACAAGGACGAACUUCGCUUUCGAGUGACUGACUUAAAACCAAAUCGGCUUUGCGACAUUACAAAUUGUGAUUUGAAGGUGGAUUUUGAUGAUUACGAGCUGCUUACAGAAACGGCUAUUUUUGAUGAACACAAAAUGGAGCCUGAAAUUGAUGAGGACUACAAGCCUGGACAACUAACAUUUAUGAGAAGGGAGGGAUAUAAGGCACAUAAAUUGGUCAAGGAAAUGGAGAAGCUCAACAACACUGACAACAACUCUAAACCAAAGGACAAUGAUGUCAAGAAGAGUGGCUUUAGCGGGAAAGGCUUCAAACUUGGAAAGAAACCAAAAUAA